UCCGCAGCGCACGCCAGCACUCGCGCCAGCUCCACGAGCCGCAGCCAUGUGUCCCGGAGCGCCGCGAGCGCCUGUGCUGCAAUUCCUCGCGCUGAGCGCGCUGCUGUGGCCCACGGUCAGCGCCUGGGAGCUCACCAUUCUGCAUACCAACGACGUGCACAGCCGGCUGGAGCAGACUAGCCAGGACUCGGGCAAGUGUGUCAAUGCCAGCCUUUGCGUGGGCGGCGUGGCGCGGCUCUUCACCAAGGUGCAGCAGAUCCGCAACGCCGAGCCCAAUGUGCUGCUACUCGACGCCGGCGACCAGUACCAGGGCACCCUCUGGUUCACCGUGUACAAGGGCGCCGAGGUGGUGCACUUUAUGAACGCCCUGUCCUACGAUGCCAUGGCCCUGGGAAAUCAUGAAUUCGAUAAUGGUGUAGAAGGACUGAUGGAUCCACUCCUCAAAGGGGUCAAAUUUCCGAUUCUGAGUGCUAACAUUAAGGCAAAGGAGCCUCUAGCAUCUCAAAUAUCUGGACUUUAUUUGCCAUAUAGAAUUCUUAAUGUUGGUAGUGAAGUUGUGGGAAUUGUUGGAUACACUUCAAGAGAGACCCCUUUUCUCUCAGAUCCAGGAAAGAAUUUAGUAUUUGAAGACGAAAUCACUGCAUUGCAACCUGAAGUAGAUAAGCUAAAAACUCUAAAUGUGAACAAAAUUAUUGCACUGGGACACUCUGGCUUUGAAAUGGAUAAACUCAUCGCACAGAAAGUGAGGGGCGUGGAUGUCGUGGUGGGAGGACACUCCAACACGUUUCUGUAUACAGGCACUCCACCUUCCAAGGAGGUGCCUGCUGGGAAGUACCCAUUCAUAGUCACCUCCGAUGAUGGGCAGCAGGUUCCCGUGGUCCAAGCCUAUGCUUUUGGCAAAUACCUGGGCUAUUUGAAGGUUGAGUUUGAUGAAAAAGGAAAUGUCAUCACUUCACAUGGAAAUCCCAUUCUUCUAAACAGCAGCAUUCCUGAAGAUCCAAACAUAAAAGCAGACAUUAACAAAUGGAGGAUAAAAUUAGAUAAUUAUUCUACCCAGGAAUUGGGAAAAACAAUUGUCUAUUUGGAUGGCUCUACUCAGUCGUGCCGUUUUAGAGAAUGCAACAUGGGCAAUUUGAUUUGUGAUGCUAUGAUUUACAACAACAUUAGACACCCGGAUGAAAUGACCUGGAACCACGUGUCCAUGUGCAUCAUCAAUGGAGGCGGCAUUCGGUCACCCAUUGACAAUCACAACAAUGGCACAAUUACCUGGGAGAACCUGGCUGCUGUAUUGCCCUUCGGAGGCACCUUUGACCUGGUCAAAUUAAAAGGCUCUACCCUGAAGAAGGCCUUUGAGCACAGCGUCCACCGCUAUGGCCAGUCCACUGGAGAGUUCCUGCAGGUGGGAGGAAUCCAUGUGGUAUAUGACCUUUCCCAAAAACGUGGCAACAGAGUGGUCAGCAUAGAUGUUCUUUGCACCAAGUGUCAAGUGCCCACUUAUGAGCCUCUCAGAAUGGAUGAAGAAUAUAAUGUGGUCCUCCCAAACUUCCUUGCCAAUGGUGGAGAUUCAUUCCAGAUGAUAAAAGAUGAAUUACUAAAACAUGACUCUGGUGACCAAGAUAUCAACGUGGUUUCUGAAUACAUCUCAAAAAUGAAAGUAAUUUAUCCUGCAGUUGAAGGUCGGAUCAAGUUUUCUGCAGGAACUUAUUGCCAAGGAAGCUUUGUUCUAGUAUCUCUUUCAUUUUUGGCAGUGAGCCUUGUUUUAUACCAAUAGCCAAAAUUUCUCCCUGCCGUUAGUGCGUGAAACCACAUUUUUUUCAAGUGAGGUUCAAGUCUGCAUUUUAGGGCCUGGCUUUGUGAUGGCACAGAAUAUCCUCGCAGGCUCCUAGAAGCUAAAGUUUACAAUGUUAUAAAACGAAGAGACUGACAUCAUCACUCAAGGUCAACAACUUGGUGAUACAGACCAAAAAAAAAAAGAGAGAAU